AUGUCUGCUACCGCUCCAGCAAACACUGCCGCUGCCGGCACCGCGCCCUCCACCACCACCGACGACUCUGCCUCAACCAUCACAGUCAACACAAAGGUGCCUACUUACCCUCCCCCGAAGACGGACAAGCCCCGUCCACACGUCUGCGGCACUUGCCAGCGUUCGUUUGCCCGAUUGGAACAUCUCAAGCGACACGAACGCUCCCACACGAAGGAGAAACCCUUCGAGUGUCCCGAGUGUGCACGAUGCUUUGCCCGUCGUGACCUGUUGCUGCGUCACCAGCAGAAGCUGCACCAGGGUUCGACCCCCUCGUCCCGCCCUCGCAAUCGUCGUGAGUCCACAACGGGUGUUACUCCUGGCCAGAGUCGUGCCCGCAAGAACAGCGUUGCCGGAGCCCAUGCAGCAGCAGCAGCCGCCGCUCCAGCUUCAAACGUCGCAGCAAACACAAUGCGGCCCAGGGCCAACACUAUCAGCCAUAUCGACAUCUCGGCCAUGCAGACGGUUGCUGCCCAUGCUGCCGCGGCUCGUAAUGUUCCUGUCAUUCACACUCACAGCAGGCAUCCCAGUCUUGCCGGUUUGCCAAAUCAUAGUAUGGAUCAUUUCUUUGGUGGCGGCAUGUCCGCGGCUAUGGGCCAGCGGACCAUGCACCACGGCAUCCCUAAGCUUGAGACAGGUGCUUUCCAUAACCUCGACUAUGUUAACCCUCUCAGGACGGCGCCACCGAUGUCCGCGUUCAGCGAAUUCGAGUUUGAUGGUGUGCUCUUUGGGCCGGGUACGACAGUAAAUCCCAACAACCUUCAUUACAACGACUCACCGCAGGGCAUGAACUUUGACCAGACCUCGCCUUUCGGCCACAUGAACGAGAUGCCUACGAGCCAAAACCUCGACGAAUUUGACUGGUUGACUGGUUUUGAGCACCAGAUGUCAUUUGGAAAUGGAAACGAAAAUGUGAUUGAUGGAUCUAGUCCAUCCGCAAUCAGCACGACGAGUCAGAGUGGGAUUAGCGAUGUUAUGUUGGAUGGGUCGAAUCAUCCUGCGCCAGCUGGGACAAGUACUAUGUGGCAAGCACCUGUAAUGCCGCCUCCACAGAUGCCGACGAACCCUUUUGCGAUGGAUUUGAAUGGCACAGUCUUUCCGGAUCUCCUUAACGGAGCACCGUUAUCACCUCAGCCAGCUACUCAAAAGAUCAAUGACCCUUACUUCUCUACGCCUCCACCGUCGCUGAGUUCGUUGAGCCCCUCUGUCGUGACGGGGCUCAACACCCAGAACAUUAACCAGACCCUUGGGUUCAAUGCCGGCCCGGAGACGCCAUCCUCCUUAAAUGGCGGCAACCACGGCGCUUCGCCCGUGACCACCAUUACAGAUGCCACCCGGCAUGCCAUCGUGAACAUCCUGUCCCAGUGCCUGCCCUUUGGGGGUCGUAAAUAUUCCUUUACUUCUCAAGGCUCACCUCAAUCGCCUCUCUCCCAGUCCGCUGGCAAUGCUUCCUCUCCCCAAGCAGCCAAUUUGCCCAGUACCCAGGACCUCCAGCGCUAUGUCGGUGCAUAUCUAGCUUAUUUCCACCCUCAUUUGCCGUUCCUUCACCUUCCCACUUUGUCCUUCGAUAUGCCUUUUUCCUCCAAUAGUCGCCCAGGUGUAGGUGGUAGUGGUUGCCUGAUAUUGUCCAUGGCCGCAAUCGGCGCGCUUUAUGAGAUGGAAACUGCUCAAUCUCGAGAGCUGUUCGAAAUGGCCAAGAAAAUGAUAUUCUUCUACCUUGAAGAGCGCCGGAAGGCGGAUGUUCGGAAAGCAGACAUUCGUCGAAGCACCCCAACUGACCAUAGCAGUGAUGGAGGCGUUAAUACCCCUGUGUGGCUUGUCCAGGCCAUGCUUUUGAAUGUCGUCUACGGCCACAAUUGCGGCGACAAGACUGCCAGCGACAUUGCCUCUACACAUUGCGCUGCUCUCGUAAGCCUUGCCCAAGCAGCUGAACUCUUGCGACCCGGGCCUUCCAGCUCCUCCGACGACCACGAUGUUCAAAUGGCCGAAGACGGGAACUGGAACGUCAAUAUGGAACCCGAUCAGACAGAGUGGUUGCGUUGGAAGUCGGGGGAGGAGCGAAAACGAACCCUGUAUGCGGUGUUCAUUCUUUCCAGCCUUCUGGUCUCUGCCUACAACCAUACUCCAGCAUUAACUAACUCGGAGAUCUUCCUGGACCUUCCUUGUGAUGAGGAGUACUUCUCAGCUGAAUCAAGCGCCGUAUUCCACGCUCGAGGUGGACCAGAGGGAGCAAACCACAACAGGAUGACAUUCCAUGAUGCGUUGGGCGACCUUCUUCAUGCUAAUGAAAAACAUCACCAAUUCUCCUUCAACGGCCAGUUCGACCCUUCGAUUGACGGACGAGACCCAAUGGAUGCGCCACUUCGACCCAGCACCUUCGGAUCCCUGGUUCUCAUCAAUGCAUUACACAACUAUAUCUGGGAGACACGACAAAGGCAUCAUCAUAAAGUCUGGACCAACGAGGAGACGGACAAGAUGCAUCGACACAUCGAGCCUGCCCUUAAGGCAUGGCAAGCGGCUUGGGCAAGCAACCCUCAACACAGCGUUGAACGCCCAAACCCUUUUGGUCAGGGUCCCCUAUCUGCAGAUGCAAUUCCUUUGCUCGAUCUGGCAUACAUUCGGUUGUUUGUGAAUCUCUCACGCUCGAAGGAGAAGUUCUGGCAACGCGAUUGGGAUGGGAUGGCCGAGGAGCUUUCUCGUGGUAAUGAGAUUGUUCAACACGCCGAGCAAUCGCCAAUUUCGAACUCGGAAUCCGGAAGCACCGAGCCAUCGGAUAACUCUGUCAAUGGCUCCGGAUUUGUGGAAUCGCCUGCUACUCAGCCAUCAUCAAUGGACUUCUCAAAUGGCAAGGUGCCUCCUCAUCUCCAGUCAGCAUCUUCUAGUAUGUCAAACCACACUACAUCGCGGCGGGAAAAGCAUCUUCGAAAGGCUGCAUUCUAUGCUGCAGAUUCUCUCGCCAUGUCUGACAAGCUCGGUGUCACGUUCGCCGACUUCACAAGCAGGGAGCUUCCACUUCAAUCUGCUCUUUGUGCGUUCGACUGCGCUCAAGUUCUCGCGGAGUGGAUUGCUACGUUGCAGGAUCGUGUUGGUUGUUACCUCGGUAUACUCGGCCAGGAUCAAGUUAACCUUUCAGAGGUCCCUGCCAUCAUGCUUUUGGAAGAAGAGGAUGUCAAGCUACUUGGCAAGGUUCACGAGGUGUUGUCAUCAGCAGAGAUCAAGAUGAACAUUGACCUCGCUCAUGGUUUGAAUGGACAGGAAGCUAAUCUGGACAUGAACGGGCACAAUGGCUACGCUGCGAAGCUACUUCGGAUCACCGCCUUGAUGUUGGACAAGGCAGCAGUCUGGCCGGUAACACGGCUCAAGGCCCGAUGUCUGGAAGCUCACGCAAACUUCAUGCAAACCCGCGCUAAGAAGUCGAUUUUGCCUCAGCAAGAGCCACGAAUGUGA